GGGAGCGCGCACGCCGCAGACAGGGGCGCGCCCGUUAGAUUGUACAGGGAUAAGGCGCGUGCCCGCGGCCGAUGCUAAGGCUUUUUCUACUGCCCCGUAGCGACUGCAGAGCUCAGUACAGCAGGAAAGAAGGACAAGUUAAAAUGUCUCCUGAAGUUGCUCUGAACAGAAUUUCACCGGCACUCUCUCCUUUCAUUUCCAAUGUGGUCAGAAAUGGAAAAGUAGGAUUGGAUGCUACUAACUGUCUAAGAAUUACAGACCUGAAAUCAGGCUGUACCUCUUUGACGCCUGGACCCAGCUGUGAUCGGUUUAAGUUGCAUAUCCCAUAUGCUGGAGAAACGCUCAAAUGGGAUAUAAUUUUCAAUGCCCACUACCCAGAGCUACCACCAGAUUUUAUCUUUGGAGAGGAUGCUGAAUUCCUGCCAGAUCCCUCUGCCUUACAUAAUUUAGCCUCCUGGAAUCCCUCAAAUCCUGAAUGUCUCCUGCUUGUUGUGAAAGAGCUCGUCCAGCAGUAUCACCAGUUCCAAUGCAGCCGAUUACGGGAGAGCUCUCGCCUCAUGUUUGAAUACCAGACUUUACUUGAAGAACCCCAGUAUGGAGAAAACAUGGAAAUUUAUGCUGGCAAAAAAAACAACUGGACUGGUGAAUUCUCAGCUCGCUUCCUUUUAAAGUUACCAGUGGAUUUCAGCAAUAUUCCCACAUACCUUCUCAAGGAUGUGAAUGAAGAUCCAGGAGAGGAUGUUGCUCUUCUUUCAGUCAGUUUUGAAGAUACAGAAGCUGCUCAGGUUUUCCCCAAGCUAUAUCUGUCCCCACGUAUUGAACAUGCUCUUGGAGGCUCCUCUGCCCUUCACAUCCCAGCCUUUCCAGGUGGAGGCUGUCUCAUUGACUAUGUACCGCAGGUGUGCCAGCUGCUAACUAACAAGGUACAAUAUGUUAUUCAGGGAUACCAUAAGAGAAGGGAGUAUAUUGCCGCUUUCCUGAGUCACUUUGGAACUGGUGUGGUGGAAUAUGAUGCAGAGGGCUUCACAAAGCUCACACUGUUGCUGAUGUGGAAAGAUUUUUGCUUCCUUGUUCACAUUGACCUACCUCUGUACUUUCCUCGAGACCAGCCAACUCUAACAUUUCAAUCAGUCUAUCACUUCACUAACAGUGGACAGCUGUAUUCCCAGGCCCAGAAAAACUACCCUUACAGCCCACGCUGGGAUGGCAAUGAGAUGGCCAAGAGAGCAAAGGCUUAUUUCAAAACGUUUGUCCCUCAGUUCCAAGAGGCAGCUUUUGCCAAUGGAAAGCUGUAGGAAACACCAGGUCUGGAGAAGAUGCCAGACAGAUUCUUACAUCCACAUGCAUGUCAGCCCCAAGAGGACUUCCUGGAAGUGGGUUGGAAUCUCUUAUUUUUUUAUACUUUUUGCCUCUGGAAUAGCUUUGAUCACCACAGACUUCAUUAAGUCUAUAAAACAAGGACCUCGGCUGGCUAAUUCUAAACUGAAUAUUUGAUACUCCUUCUCCAAUCCUCUCCUACCACUAUCAUUUCCUUUUAUAGUCACUGGAUUAAAUUAAAACCUUAGUGUUUAGAUGUGAUACCAUUUCCCUGUGACAACAAUGUUUAAUGCGAUGCCUUGUUUCAGAAAUGCUUGUCUUUCAGGUGUUGUUAAGAAGUGAUUGUUUUCAUACCAGUAUUCUGUUGUUCUGAACCUUUGUAUAUUUUCAGCAUAUCCUAAUAAUAGAUAAAGCUGCCAUACUUACCAGAAAUGCCUAAUGGACUAUAUAAUGCCAUAUUCUGCCUCUGACAUUUGCCUAUAUUUAUGGUUCUUAUUGACACAUGUAUGAGUCGCAAUAUUUAACUGCUCAGUGCCUUUCAGGUGCAUCUGAUGUUGACAUGGCAGUAUUUUUUUAAUAUCUCAGUUGAAAACUCAUCAUGAGUUGAAUUCAGUGUCUUUAUAAUCUAGUUUAUUUCAGGUAUUACAACUUAUGGUGACUUUCUAAUUGAUGUCAGUUGCUGUUACUGAGAAAGGUCUAUCGUCUUAGUAUCAACUGUUCAAGUAACCAGUUGUGUAAAUUGAGGAGACAAAAUAGAGCUCCUGCAUAGUCCCACAACUCUAUCAAGUAACGUAAAUACCACUAAUGAAACAGGCCUUUAACAAGGAAUUACUGGAGUCUUUGAAGGCAACAAAUACAAUAAUUUAGGGAAGCACAUUUAUUUAACCUAAAAUUUAUUUAACCUAAAAUGCAGUUUUAGUAAGCACAUAUAUUUAAAGAAUUGAUGAGAAGACAUAAUGGGAUGCAUCAGUUUUUCUAAUGCUGUAAUGGUAAAUGAAGAAUCCCAGCCACUCAUCUUCCCCUUCUUGUGAUAUGUUAUAGCAGGCCAUAUAUAGCUGACUCUUAGUGGUGUCACUUCCCAAAUUAAAUUGUAGAUAGACCAGGGUACUUUCCAACAUGGAAUAAAGUUUGUGUGUUGUUAUAAAUGGAAUACAGAAAAAGUACCGUCUGCUAAGUGUUAGGGAACUGGACUGAUGAGCUGUUCUGAAGACAUAAUAGUGAAAAGUAAUAUAUCACUAUUUCUGCUAAUGUUAUGAAAUAUGUAUACAAAUUUUAAUUGAUUGGCAGUAUUGCCCCAAUCUCCUUGUAACUUUGGAUUUUUAGAGAAAAGUAUUGUCUACUAGAAGAACUGUGUGUCCAAGGAACAAGUGUGAUCCUUAUAAAUUAAAUUUUCUUAAUUAAUACAUUAUAUUAGUCUAGUUUCCCUGAGAAACUACCAACCUUCUAGCAAAUUCUAUUUUUUUAAAAUAAUCAUAUACUGUCGAAAAUCAAAGUCAGUUAGGAGUUGAAGACCAAGUUGAAGUCAAAUCAUAGGCCUUAUUU